UCUGUAACCUAGAUAUAUCGGAGCUCUUGACGGAAACGACCAUCCAGCGCGAGAUGCAACAGUCUAGCAGCAGUCUAGCAGCCAAAUUAAUUAAGCCACGUCGUGUCUGCAGGUGCCAUUCUGCAGGGGCGAGUAAAUCACGAGCGGAACAAAAUCUCGAGUGCGGGCGGCUCUUGAUUGAACUGCAGGGGCAAGGAGGGAGAAAAAAGGCAAAUUGAUGAACUGCAGGUAAUCAGAAGAUGACUGCACCGAAGGGGAUAUUUGGAGGGGAGGCAGUCUGCUCCAGAAGGCGGGUGACGGUAGAAACGGAGGGGAACCAAGGACAAGGCCGCCAAAGAGGACCAGCCAGGAGCAAGGACAGAGACCCAGAGGCCUCACUCUGCACAAUUGUAAAAGUACAAAAUGUGUAUGCCUCGUCAAUCCCGCAAUUGAUGAAGGAUUGCGGCGUUCUCGGCUACGAGUGGACGGACGAUGCCACGGUCCACUCGAUGUCGUCCCAGAGCAGUGCAGGGGAUGGUUCAUCACAAGGCGAGCAGUCGUCUGGCAGUCUCUCCCCCAACCGACCAGCGUCAGCGCCUGAACGAGCACCUGAGCGCCUAGCCUCAGUUGCCUCUCAGCCCAGUCAAGCCGCAUUGCCAGAGACGAGCUCGCACAGCGCUUGGCGUCGCGACGUUGACGCCGCCCCAUCCACCGCAAGCAAAAGCACAAGUCGCCAGCCUGCCAACGGCCUCGGCCCUGGAACGACCCAGACUGCGCGGCCUGACCUGGACGCCUGGGCUCACAUGGUUGGCCCACGGCACUCGGGGAGCCGGCAAAGUCAACAAACCCCGUCAUUUUCCAUGUCACCUCCCUGGUUCAUUUGCCAGCAGCCGCACAAUCGAGGGACAAACGACGCGCCACUGGCCGGCAGCUAA